AAAAAAAAAAAAAAAAAAAAAAAAAAAAAAAAAAAAAAAAAACUCAGUUAUGAUUGAAUUGAACUAUUGUUGGUUUUUUUUUAUUUUUUUAUUUUCCUGUUUCGACAAUAUCAACAAAAUAAUGCAAUAUAGUCUAAGUGAUGGGGAGAUUACAAGACAAUCAGUACACGUCCUUUCAGCCAUCCUUCAAGAAAAAGAAGAAAGAAACCCCUGUUAAAAAAGAUAGAUCAAAGGAUGAAGCCAAAUUACAAGCUGCAUUUUGUCCACCCUUAGAUCCUUCGCUUAUUCAGGCUAUUUGGAAUGAUUCUUUUGACUUUAAUGCUUCAUUUGACAUUUUAACAGAAUUAGCCAAAGAAGCAGACAAGAAGUUAGAUCAACAAGAUCUUGCCGCUUCGUUGGAACAUCUUGACUUGGAUAAUUCUUCCAUAACAACGACAAAUAUCACUGAAAGUGAGAAAGACAAUUUUAAUUUCCUAAUGACCUGUUUUCCUACUAUACCUUUACAAAAUCUUGUAGAUGCUCUUCAGUCACAGAAUAAUGAUGUUGAAAAAGCUACUGAUGUAUUAUUAAAUAGAGAAUACCUGGAUCAAAUAGAACGUGAUGGAGGUAUUGUUCUCGAUUAUACAAAAUCAAAAUUAAAUAGCAAAAGGAAAAAGAAAAACAACGGUGAUAAAAAAAAAUUGUGGAGUUCAGGUCAACUGCCUACGAUUAGUGCAACACAGGGCCAUACUGCUAAUCCAGGAGCUAUCUCCAAUAAUAUGCAAAGAAUCAUGAAGAAAGAAGAAGAAAUGAAAGCAAUGGAAGAGUAUGAAGGUAUGGCUACUGUGCCAUUCAAUUUCUGGCAUCAAUAUGAUGACAAGAUCCAUCGAUUACAACCUUAUUUUAAACAUGUACCUCAGGUUAACAUUGCUACCUGUGUACAACAUUGUCGUGGUAAUAUAAUAGCUUCAGUCAAGACAUUGAUGGAAAAAUUUCCUAAUGAGAAGCCACAACAUGAAAUGACUUGGACAAUUACAAAAGAAUGGGAACAAUUGAAACAAGAAUUAGAAGCUAUUAUGGUCGAUCGUACAGCUGAUGAAGUCUCACGUGUUGCUUUAGGUGUUAUUAUUGACAAGUUACAGUUACCAGAACAGCAACAAGAAAAGAAAACGAUGGAUCAGCUUGUUCAAACGGGUAUUGAACACUUUUUAACCUUUGAUGUGAGCCAAUUAGAACUUGAAGCGAGGUUAAAAAAGAUGGCAGAAGAAACGGAAAUGAUCAGGGCUAAAGCUAAAAAGAAAGAGAUACCAGUGAUACCCGACUAUUUAUUAAUCAAUAAUGAAGGUAACUUUGAAGAAGACGAUCCUGAAGAGUGUAGAAAUAUCGCAAUGGAAUUAAUUAUGGAAAGAAAUGAGUUAUUUAGAAAAGCUGCUGCUGCUUAUCGUCAAGCCAAGAAUAAAGGGCCUGGAGAAGGAGGUAUCGCAUUUUAUUAUUCUGAUACAGCAAGACAACUUGACAGUAGAGCAAGAGAUUGGAAUAUGAAAGCAGCAAGAGCGACAGUACGCGAACAUCGAUUAAAACAAAAGGAUGAUCAUUUAUUAGAUUUACAUGGAUUAACUGUAGCAGAAGCACAAGUUGUAGUUAGAGAAGGCCUUAACCAAUGGUAUUCACGAAGUCAAAUGCAGAUAGCUCGUCGUGAAUUCAAGCCUUUAAAGAUCAUUACUGGUGCAGGUAAACAUUCACAAUAUGGUGAAGCUAAGUUAUUACCAACUACCUUAAAGAUUCUUAAAAAAGAAGGUUGGUUAUAUGACAUGCCUAAUCCAGGUUGCAUUUACGUGAAAGGUGUUAAAAAAUAAUAUAUUAAAUAAAAUAGAUAAAUUGACCAUGAAUAUUUUAUUUUACUUGAUUUUAUUUUAUUUUAUUUUAUAUAUAAAAUAUAUGAUC